GUUCAGGCGCAUCGCUGCGAGCGCAGCGCGCUCCAGCAGCCGUGUCCCUGGAAACAGGUGCCGGCCAGGUGUUCCGAGUCUUUCGCGCUCUCGUGCGGACCUCCGCGUUAUUUUCGUCAGCUGGGAGCCGAACACUACGAGCGCGCAACCAUACACCCAAUCAGCACGCGUUGGCUCAGCUGCUGCCCGGCCCACAUCCAGACUGAGGACGAACGACGUCGUCAGUGUGGAAUAUCGUCACGCUAUUAAAGAAGCCUCAUACCCCGUGGUUUGCAAGUCAAGCCCAGCUACCUUGACCCAAGACUUUGUCCGUCCUCAGGUGUCACUCCAACAGCGUUCACAUUUCCACUCUUCCUCUGUACCUGCAUUCACGUUCACAAUGGUUCCCCAAGUCAACAAGACAAAUCUCCACCCUUCCGGCAUUACGCCGAAGAAGGAGCACACUGAGAUUGAAGAGGAGCUCCACGACAAAGCACACAUUGAUUAUGACCGUGUAGCUAUUAUUGCCAACCCCUCAGUCGCUGCUCUCUACGAAGAUGCUCUUGUAUACGAGACUGGUUCCGCCAUCACAUCAUCAGGCGCUCUCUCAGCCUACUCUGGCGAGAAGACCGGCCGCUCGCCCUCGGAUAAGCGUAUUGUCGAGGAGGACUCGUCGAAAGACGACAUCUGGUGGGGACCUGUCAACAAGCCGAUGGCACCCGACGUCUGGCGCAUCAACCGCGAGCGUGCCAUUGACUACCUCAACACUCGCAAGCGUAUCUACGUCGUCGACGGCUUCGCAGGAUGGGACGAGCGCUACAGGAUUCGCGUCCGCGUUGUCUGCGCCCGCGCCUACCACGCUCUCUUCAUGCGCAACAUGUUGAUCCGCCCGUCGAGAGAGGAGCUUGAGCACUUCCACCCCGAUUACGUUAUCUACAACGGUGGUGCCUUCCCCGCCAACAGGUACACCAGCGGUAUGACCUCUGCCACAUCGGUUGCUAUCAACUUCGCCGACAAGGAGAUGGUCAUCCUUGGUACUGAGUACGCAGGUGAAAUGAAGAAGGGUAUCUUCACAGUCCUCUUCUACGAAAUGCCUGUCAAGCACAACGUCCUCACUCUCCACUCCUCUGCCAACGAGGGCAAGAACGGCGACGUCACCGUCUUCUUCGGUCUGUCUGGUACAGGCAAGACCACUCUGUCUGCUGACCCUAAGCGUGCGCUCAUCGGUGACGACGAGCACUGCUGGUCUGACACUGGUGUCUUCAACAUUGAGGGCGGUUGCUACGCAAAGACCAUUGGUCUGUCCGCCGAGAAGGAGCCCGAUAUUUUCAACGCCAUCAAGUUCGGCUCCAUCCUUGAGAACGUCGUUUUCGACCCUGUCACCCGUGUCGUCGACUACGAUGACGACACCCUGACUGAGAACACUCGCUGCGCCUACCCCAUCGAGUACAUCGAGAACACCAAGAUCCCUUGCAAGUCGGACAGCCACCCCAAGAACAUCAUUCUCCUCACCUGCGACGCCCGUGGUGUCCUUCCUCCCAUCUCCAAGCUCAACCCCGAGCAGACCAUGUACCACUUCAUCUCCGGCUACACCUCCAAGAUGGCCGGCACAGAGCAAGGUAUCACCGAGCCCCAGGCCACCUUCUCCUCCUGCUUCGCGCAGCCCUUCCUCGCCCUUCACCCCAUGCGCUACGCCAAGAUGCUCGCAGAGAAGAUCCAGGAGCACGGCGCCAACGCGUGGCUGCUCAACACCGGCUGGGUCGGUGCCGGUGCCACCACAGGCGGCAAGCGUUGCCCGCUCAAGUACACCCGCGCCAUCCUCGACGCCAUCCACUCCGGCGAGCUGGCCCAGGUCGAGUACGAGACCUACGAGACCUUCAACCUGUCCGUCCCCAAGACGUGCCCCAACGUUCCCGACGAGCUGCUCAACCCGGCGAAGAGCUGGAACGGCACUGCCGACUUCAAGGGCGAGGUCGAGAAGCUCGGCACCCUUUUCAUGGAAAACUUCACCAAAUAUGAGUCAGAAUCGACUAGUGAGGUGAAGAAAGCUGGUCCCCAUGUGUGUUGCUGUCCAGCAAAGCACUAGAUUACACUGUUCUCGCAGUGUGAUGUGGUGUUGUCUUCUUUUUCCCGUUUCUUACACUCACAGGUGGCCUGAGCGCGAUCGAUCGAUCGGGCACGCUAGUGCCGCUAGCGCCGAUUUUGGACGCUAGCGGACACUAGCGGCUGGACCCCUUCCUCUUCUUCCUCUGAGCCUCGAGCUUGUUUCCCUUUUGAUGGUUGCGGGUAUUAAUAUGCCUGCUGAUGGAAUAUGUUCUCUUUCACAUUAAUUACGAAUACCUGGCAAGGAGUUUGUGUUUUGGGUUUUGGUCUGCAUAAUGCAUCGGGGCGAGGAGCGGUGAGGAGAGGAUCAGAUGAGUUGGCAUGAGUCCAAGUAUGGUGGAAGUAGAAAAUUGAAUGUCAUGACUCUUACAUAUCGAGCUGCACGUUGCAUGGUUAUUCUCAGAUUUGCCUAUUUU